AUGAACAAAUAUAAUUUUUUUCAUAUUGAAAAUGGCUCAUGCUCUGUAACUGAAAGCUCUCUUAAUGAUUUGUCCUUUGAAAAUGUAAGUGUAGACAUUAAAAAAGAAGAGAAAAAAUGUAUUGAUCAUAAUGAAUUUUCUAAUGAUCCAAAGGACACAUUUGAUGAUGGUAAUAAAAGAAAUGCAUUAGAUUUCUUAGGUUUAUAUAAAAAAAAUGAAAAACCUAAAAUUCAAAAUGCCUCAAAUAAAAAAAGUACGGAGGAAAAAAACUGCAUUUCAAAUUUUCAAUAUGAAAAUCGUACGUUAAACUAUAAUAAUAAUGAUACCAAUAAUAAUGGUAAUAAUAAUAUUGAUAAUUCAGAAUGUAAAGCACUAAACAAUACCAUAAUACGUACCCCAAAUGAUACAUAUAGUAAAGGUAUUGUUGGGGUAAAUGGUGAAACCAUUGAUAAUAGGGAGACUCUUUCAAACUCCUUUAAAAAUGUGCAUAAUAAAGAAUUUAUUAACAAUUCAUGUGUAAAUAAUAAAAAAGAGGAUCCAAAUGAUAUAAGAAAUGUGACUAAGAAUGAAUUUUAUUGCUUAAAAAAAAUUAUUGAUAAUAACUUAAAUAAUAAUUAUGAUAAAAAUGAAGUAAGAAUUUUUCAUAUUUAUCAUGAUAAUAGAGCAGAGUGUCUAUUCAAUGAUAUAAGCAUAAUAAAAUUUUAUGCACAUAAUAAUAUUUGCAUAUAUGAAAACAAGUAUUAUAUAUAUAAUGAAAUUAAUUCAAAUUUAUUUCAAAAAAAAAAUGAAAUUGAAAAAGGAAUCGAAAAAGAAAUAUCUUUUGACAUAGGUAAGGAAGAUAUUUAUGAAUAUAUCUAUAAAGAAAAAAUAAAACUAAAAAAUAAUAAUUCGAAUAUUAAUAAUAACGAAAUUAAGAAUAAAGAUGAUAAUUGUUGCCAAAAACAAAUGCAACGUAUUCAAUUCUAUAUGCAUAAACUUCCAUUUUUUUUAAAAGAAAAAAUAAAAAUAUUUAUACAUAUAUAUAACAUGUUUAGUAUACAUCCAUAUAUUAAUCAUAAAUUUAUUGAAGAUGGGAUGUACUCUAAAAAUCUUAAAAUUUAUUUCACUUUUGAAAAAUUUAUAUACAUUAAAUGGCGUUUUUAUUCUAGUGGUGCGUUGCAAGAUAUGUUAAAGGAUAUUGUCUUAAAAAAAAAAAAUAAUAAAUUUAUGUAUAAUUGUCAAAACAACUUUGUAAAAAUUAAUGAUUUUAUAUAUAUAAAUUUUUUAACACAAGAAAUCAAAAUAUAUGAUAUACACAAUGAUAAAUUUGAUGAAAAUAAUUAUAUAAUUUUAAAUGGCAAUGGGCUUUGUUUUUCUGUGCAUUAUUAUAUUAUGGUUCCAUAUCAUAGACAUGUUAGUGAAAAUAUGGUUACACCAAAUGAAUGCACUAAUGAAAAUGUUAAGAAUAAUAUAAAUUGUAAUUAUAAUAAAGACUAUAAUUUAAACUAUGAAUAUGUUUAUAUUUCGCAAUUAUUUAAUAUUUAUGAUGAUUUUGACAUUACUUUUUUAUAUCCAUUAUAUAUUUCUUACGUUUUUUAUUAUCAUUUAUUUGUGGAAGACAAAAUUAAGGAUAAUGCAAAAAUAGUAGACAAUGUUACACUAGAACAAAACAAAAUUAAAAAUGUAAAAUAUGAACUUAAUGAAAAAAAUCGAAACUAUGAUAAUACCUUGGAAUCGUCAUAUCUCAAUCACCUAAACGAUAUCUACAUUAAAUUGUCUAACUGUUUUGAAAGAAAGAUUUUGGAUUCUAAAAACUCUAAUAUAAAAAUAGAAAAUGAUACUAUUACAUUUUUAAUCCCCAAAAGUUGUUAUAUUAACUCAGAAAAUGGUGAACUUAUGAAUAAAAAAACUCACCAUUUAAGUUUGUUAUAUGCUGUGUGUAUAAGCAAAUAUAAUAUAAAUGAAAAAAACAAUAUUUUAAACAAUGAAAAAAAUAAUUACACUAAUGAAAUUUAUCAACAUGAAAAAAAUUACAUAUUUCCAAUAAACGGUAUACCUAAUAAAACAAAAUUAGAACAAUACUCAUAUUAUUGUGAUAAAAAUUAUGGAAAUAUAGAAUAUUCUGAAAAUAGACUUAAUGAAGAAAAAAUCGAUUGGAAAAUUUUAUGCAUGAAUGAAAUUAAAGAAGUCAAUAAUAUACGUUCUAUUUUUCCAAAUCAUAUGAAAGAAUAUUUUAAUACAUGUAACAAAAUUGACAACAUAAUAAAAAUUAGUAUACGAAAUGAUGGCAUUUGUUUUUUUUAUGUAAAAAAUAUUAUUUAUGAAUAUAUUUUUUUUUCUUAUUUUAUAAUAUUUAAUUCUAUGAAAAAUUUAUUUGAUUUAAUAUACAAACAAAAAGGGCAACGAAAUAAUAUAAACUCAGAAUAUGCUAAAAAUAAUGAAUCCGAGAAAUAUAAUAAUAAUUCGAAUGCGAAUAAUUAUAAAUGUGAUAAUUUCUAUACGAAAUCCGAAGUUUUCACAUAUAAUGGGAAAGAGAAUGAAAUAAUAAGUACAUUAAGAAAUUAUGACAAUGUGUUAAAUAUUUGCAACAAUAAAUUAAAUGAAAAUGACAUAAAUUAUUAUAACGUUAUGCAUAUUAAAAACGAAACAUUGUCUACAUUUGAAAAUAUAACCAAGGUAUUUGAUAUUAAUAAUAUAAAUAGUAUUUAUAACGAUCUUUAUAUAUGUGAAAAUAAAAAAAUUACCACAUUUAAAUUAGUUAACGUAAUGAAUAAAGAAAAAAAAAAUAUAUUAACUCCAUAUUAUUUUAACCACAAUAUAUUAACCGAAAUAUUUUUUAUAAAAUUGUCUAACAUACAUAUUUUUGAUAUCAAUAGGCAAUUAAAUACAGUUUUUGAAUACAUUGAUUAUAAUAAUAAAACGUUUACACCUUUUUUAGAAGAAUAUAAAAAAUACGAAAUGAAUAUUCAAUUAGAUUUGUUGGAAAACAUGUAUAAUAUCAACAAUGAACUUUAUUUAUUAUAUGUUAAAAAAAUUAAUUUUUCUCAUGAUAUUUAUAAAUACAAUUACUUAUUUGUAUUGGAUCAUUUAUUAAAAAAUUAUAUUCUUUAUUAUAAUAUAUAUUUCAUAAUACAUGAUAAAUUAAAAAAAAGCAAUUACUAUAAAUUAAAAUAUACUAAUAAAAAUAAAGAAACGAUAUCUGUCCACUUUACCGUAUCCUUUAAUUAUCUAUACGAUAAAACGAUUGCUCGUUUCAAAUUAAAACCGAAAUAUUAUAUAACACAUAUUGAGCAAGAUUCAAAUCAAAUUUUUGACGAAAAAAAUUAUAUUUCAUUUAUUAGAAAUUAUGUGAAUACAAAAUGCAUAAUGUAA